ACGAACUUCAAAUAUCCAAUCCAACUAUCUUUACCCCUCCAUUGUCCAAACUUGAUAGGUCGACGGAUGUCUCUUACAAUCACUUCCGGUGUUCAUUUCAGAUAUAUGAUUGGUUAGGCUACAGUUUCACUAAACUGGCGUGAGUGGCGUCCGCCUAAUAAUGAAGUCACUGCUGGGCUGACCCAGACCCAUUUUCCAGAGACUAGUCAAUUCUUGUGAAGCACGUCUGGAUUUCUGAAGUGAACUCUUGAUAUUUUCUGAUUGCAUGUUCUAUAAGUUUGUCAAAUUUUAUGGUCUUUUGAGAUUUUAUUGUAGUCAUUCAACUUCUCAAAUGGUUAAUUGCUUGAGUUAGGAUUCAACUUCACCUUUUUUUUGGAGUAUCAUCUGUAGAAUUUCAACUGCUAAAAUAUUAAUUCCAUGUAAUGGAAGAAAAUUCAAGUCCUCCUACUGUCAAAAAGACAAAGCGAUUGACAUCUCUUGUCUGGAACGACUUCGAAAGGGUUAAAAGGGGUGAUGUUUGUGUGGCUGUUUGUAAACAUUGUAAAAAGAAACUUAGUGGGUCAAGUACCAGCGGAACGUCUCAUUUGAGAAAUCACUUGAAAAGGUGUCAAAAAAUAUCUAAUCAUGAUAUUGCUCAGUUACUUGUUGUAAGAGAAAAGAAAAAGGAGGGACCACUUGACCUGGCAAAUUUUAAGUUUGACCAAGAGCAGAAGAAAGAUGAGCCCCUUUGUCUUGAGAAUUACAAGUUUGAUCAAGAGCGAAGUCGACUUGAUCUUGUGCGCAUGAUCAUUCUACAUGGGUACCCAUUAGCUAUGGUUGAGCACAUCGGAUUCAAAGUAUUCGUUAAGAAUCUCCAGCCAUUAUUCAAGUUUACGUCCUCUAACACUGUUGAGGCUGAUAGUAUAGAAAUUUAUGUGAAAGAGAAACAAAAAGUGUAUGAGAUGUUGGAUAAAUUGCAGGGUAGAAUUAGUCUCAUUGCUGCUAUGUGGGCUUCUUGCGAAAAUGGUGGAUACCUGUGCUUGACAGCACAGUACAUUGAUGAGACUUGGCAGUUACGGAAGAAGAUUCUGAACUUUGUUAUGGUUGAUCCAUCUCAUACCGAAGAGUUGCUUUCAGAAGUUCUUAUGACAUGCCUGAUGGAUUGGGAUAUUGACCGUAAGCUGUUUGCCAUGACACUGGAUGACUGUUUUACGAAUGAUAACUUUGUUUUCAGAAUUAGAGAUCGACUAACUCAAAACAGGUUACUUUUGAGUAAUGGUCAAUUAUUUGAUGCGCGCUGUGCAGCGCAUAUCCUGAAUCUAAUUGUUCAAGAUGCAUUGGAAGCAAUAAAUGAAACAACCCACAAGAUUCGUGAUAGUGUUAGAUAUGUUAAAAGUUCACAAGAAAGGCAAGACAAGUUUAAUGAGUUGGCUCAGCAAAUUGAAAUUUAUAGUGAGAAGAGUCUAUGUCUUGAUUGCCCUAUGAGAUGGAAUGCAACAUAUCAAAUGCUUGAAGCGUCUUUGGAAUACAGGUAUGUUUUUUCUGUUUUGCAAGAACAUGACUCUGCCUACACCAUGGCACCUUCUGACAUAGAGUGGGAACAGGUAAGUACCAUUUGCAACUUUCUGAAACUCUUCAAUGAAGUUAGUAAUGUUUUCUCUGGGAUCAAACAUCCAACUGCAAACCUUUAUUUUCCUGAGAUUUGUGAUAUCCACUUACAAUUAAUUGAGUGGUGCAAAAGCUCAGAUAUUGUUAUCGGUUCUAUGGCACUAAAGAUGAAAAGCAAAUUUGAUAAAUACUGGAGCACUUGCAACUUGGCUUUAGCAGUAGCAGUUAUCUUGGAUCCUCGAUUCAAGAUGAAGUUGGUGGAGUAUUACUACCCACAGAUAUAUGGUAGUAGUGCCCCUGAACGCAUCAAGGUUGUUUCUGAUAGUGUCAAGGAACUCUACAAUGAAUAUGCAAUCUGCUCAACAUUAGCUUCACUUGAUCAAGGUUUAGGCUGGGAAGUUCGAAAUAAUAGUGGGUUUUCUGGUACCUCUGUACCUAAUGUUAGCAAUGACAGGCUUAGUGGGUUUGAUAAAUUCCUUAAUGAGACUACAAAUAGCCAGCGCAGCAAGUCUGAUCUGGAUAAGUAUUUGGAAGAGCCGGUCUUUCCUCGGAAUGUGGAUUUUAAUAUAUUGAAUUGGUGGAAAGUUCACAUGCCAAGAUAUCCUAUCUUAUCUAUGAUGGCUCGUGAUGUACUGGGGGUUCCCAUGGCAACCGUGCCAUUGGGGUCAACAUUCAAUGCUGGGGAUAGGGUACUUGAUCCUUACCGGAGCUCACUGAAUCCAGAUACUCUACAGGCAUUGAUAUGCACUCAAGAUUGGUUGCGGACUGAAGUACAAGAUUGCCGGUCAUCCUCAAACCAUUCUAUUCCUGUAUCAGAUUUCCACUCAUCCUCAAACCAUUCUGUUUUGUCCUUGCGCCUUGACACAACCUAGCAUAAGCUUGGUAUGACUACAUGAGGACUUGAUCAUAUAUUGCUAAAUUUAGUUGUUCCCCUGGGAAUACAAUUUAACACAUGGUUUAUUUUGCAAGGCUAAUGGAUUAUCGAAGUGGUGGUGGUACUAAUUGUUCCAGGAUGACCCCUUGAGCAUUCUGACUAAAAUUUGUAGCAUGUUUUACGUUUAAUUGAACCAAUUUUAUUCAGUACUUUUGAUGGUUAUAUUGUCAUUUCCAUAAAUUACCAAAGUAAGCCUUUUCAUA